UUGCGAAAGGAACCACCCCCAGUGUUUCCACAAACGAUAUGUGGAUGGCUCUCGCAGUUUACGACAAACGGCGAGGGCAAACUCUCCAGUAGAUAUGGAAUAGUAAACCCCGAGACGAAAGACAUAACGUGGGGCAAGAGCCAGAAUUGCGGCAGUGGGAUACAACCCUCAGUUGCUCUUAGAACAGACGGAAAGAUUGUGGAAGUGCACGAAGAGAAACACCUUUUCAAGAAGAGUUUGUACUAUCGAUUGGGUCAAGUGGACAUGGGUAGGUGUGGAGUACACUGGGAGCACCCCGUAAAGAUGACCAGCAAAGCAGCAAAUGCUAAAAUUGCUAUGAGUGAUGAAGGGUAUGUUGUGGAAGUCCAUGAACAUGAAGGAGACAGUGCCUUGUGCUACACUGUGGGUGAGCUGAAAGACACCCACAUAGAAUGGGGGAAGACCCACUACUACGACGUGGGCUCUUCACCGAAUGUGUGCAUCAAGAACUGGAGCAACCAGCUAGUCGAAGUUCAUCAAAACACUGCGUCAGAUUUUUUACAGUAUCGCAUGGGAAUCAUCAACCUGAAGCAGAUGAUCAUUGAGUGGUGCCCGGAGAAGUUCAAGCUGCAGAAGGGUAGGCAUCCUUCAGUGUCUGCAGGAGACAACUGGACUUUGAUGUCAGUGCAAGUGGAAGCCAGCAGCUCCAUGGCCUGCUCCACUGGAUCCAUAGCCAAACUACUCUAA